GGGCUGGGGGCGUGGCUUUGCGGUUUGAGUGACACGCGGGGCCUGUAGGCUCCGUGACAGGCGUGGGGGCGUGGCCUUGUGCUAAUUGUGGGCGGUGGGGAGCGAUGUGCGCUUUGAUUGACAUGUAAGGCGGAGUGACAGAUGGAGCCUUAUGCACUGAGUGACAGGCGAGGGCGUGGUCAAACCCCAAGUGACAGGAAGGGGGCGUGGCCUCCAAGAUGACUGACAGGUCGAACCAUCGCUAUAUUACAUACGAGGGGGCGUGCCUUCCUAUUGACUGAUAGGCGAUGUGGGCGUGGCCUCCCCUGACUGACAGCCGCCGCACGCACCCUGCCCGCUUCCCGCGGUGCGCGGUGACGUCGUGCGUAACGCGGCCACGCCCCUCCCGCCCCGCCGCCGCUCCCGGUCCCGUCCCCGCCGCUCCCAGCGGGACCCGGCGGCGCUCGCCGGCGAUGUGACCCUUUCCCGGGAAUACCAGCGACCAUGGCUGAGCCUUCUGUUGAGUCUUCAAGCCCAGGAGGUUCAGCUGCCUCUGAUGACCAUGAGUUUGACCCCUCAGCUGAGAUGCUGGUGCACGACUUCGAUGACGAGCGCACCUUAGAGGAGGAGGAGAUGAUGGAGGGAGAGCCCAACUUCAGAUCUGAAAUAGAGGAUCUCAACAGGGAGAGUGCCAUGCCCAUCCAGGAGCUGCUGAGCCGCUAUGGCUACGAUGGCACCGUGCCCCUGCAGGAGGAGGAGGAGGAGGAGGAGGAGGAGGAGGAGGAAGAGGAGGAGGGAGAAGAUGAGGAUGAUGUUGACAAUGAUGACAACAGUGGCUGCAGUGGGGAGAACAAGGAGGAGACCAUCAAAGAUUCCUCAGGGCAGGAAGAUGAGACCCAAUCCUCCAAUGAUGACCCAGCCCCAGCUGGGGCUCCUCAGGACCCCCAGGAGCUGAUUCGCCCCCGGCGCUGCAAAUAUUUCGAUACCAAUAGUGAAAUCGAGGAGGAAUCUGAAGAGGAUGAAGAUUAUAUUCCCUCAGAAGACUGGAAAAAGGAAAUCAUGGUGGGCUCUAUGUUUCAAGCUGAAAUUCCAGCUGGCACCUGCAAAUACAAAGAGAAUGAAAAAGUGUAUGAGAAUGAUGACCAGCUGCUCUGGAAUCCUGACUUUUUAGCAGAGGAGAAAGUGAUAGAAUUCCUGAGUGAAGCCUCGAGGCGCACGGGGGAGGAGAAAGGUCUGGAUGCAAUUCCUGAGGGCUCCCACAUCAAAGACAAUGAGCAGGCUCUCUAUGAACUGGUGAAGUGCAAUUUUGAUCCUGAGGAAUCCUUGAGGAGGCUGAGGUUCAAUGUCAAAGCUGCCAGAGAAGAAUUAUCUGUGUGGACAGAAGAGGAAUGCAGGAACUUUGAACAAGGGCUGAAAGUCUAUGGCAAAGAUUUCCAUGUGAUUCAGGCAAAUAAGGUGAGGACUCGCUCCGUGGGGGAGUGUGUGGCUUUUUAUUACAUGUGGAAAAAGUCGGAACGUUACGAUUUCUUCGCUCAGCAAACCCGGUUUGGCAAGAAAAAAUACAACCUGCACCCUGGGGUCACGGAUUACAUGGAUCGGCUCCUGGACGAGAGUGAGAGUGCAGCUUCCAGCAGAGCCCCAUCACCACCCCCUGCAGCUUCCAACAGCAGCACCAGCCAGUCUGAGAGGGAGGAGUGCACCUCCAGCAGCACCCAGAACGGUGUCUCUGCCAACGGCCCAGGGGAGGUGCCAGGGAAGGAGGAGGCAAAGCUGGAGGGGCUGCACGUGAAUGGACCCUGCAGUGGGAAGAAAACUCCUCACCCAGAGCUGGAUACAAACGGCUACGAGCCCCAGAAGCCCUGCAGUGACCCCAGAGGGGCCCAGGCAGCCCCCAGGAACGAGGCUGAGCUGGAGGAGAAGGGUGAGAGGCCUCUGAAGAGAAGGAGGAUGAACAGCAGUGGCAAGGAGAGCCCAGCUGCUGCAGAGUUCCUCCAGGACAGCAACUCCCACGGGAAGCUGGAGGAGCUGGAAACUUUGGAUGACUGAGUGCUGGGAGCUGAUUUUAUUCCUUGGAGUAAAUUUUGGGUGUCUAAGAUUUUCAGGGUUGAUGGGUUGCCUUCCAAAAUCCAGUUCCAUAAACAGUCUGAGAUAUUUUUUUUUGUUGUUUCCUGAGACCUUCUAGUUGGCUCAGAACCCAUGAUUUGGGUUUUUUCAGUGCUGAAAAGCAGCAGAAUAUUGAAUUUCUCAGAGCUGGCAGCUGUAGUUCUGGGAUUAAAUAUUUAAGGGACAAAGCAGUGAGUUGCUGCAGAAAUAUUCCCAGGCUAACACAUUAAAGAAUGUGUUAAUACAGCAUUUAAUGUAAAAAACAGCAUUUAAUCAGUGUACAAGUGAACAAAGCAUUUGGGGCUUUGCAGGAAGUUAAAAUAAAACAGGAAAAGCCAAGACAGAGCAGGCACAGAGACUUCCACUCCUGCUGCAGAGAGGAAAAUGUCAUCCCAUCAUUAAGGAACCCUCAUGAAUCCUGAAAGUUAUGAGCACAACUAUUUUUAUAUAUAGAAGUUUUAAAAGGUAAAUAAAUAAACCAGGUCAGGUUUGUCUAUGUAAAAUUGUUGACAUCAAUGAUGUCUUUCCAUAUUCUUUAUCUGGGCUAAAGAAAUACAUUCUGUAUUUUUCCAGAUUUCCUUUGUAGCCUUUGAAAGAUUUUUACAGUACUUAUGUCUUGAUUGAACUGUCCUUUCUUAAAACAAAAGCUUGUAUAAUUUUCUUACCUUGUACAGUUGGUAAACUUUUAUGAGAGAGUUGAUACCCUGAGUCUAAUGUCAGCUUCCUUUUAUUUUGCUGAAGUCUUUUCUAAAAAAAAAACCCCACAAAAAAAAAAACCAAAAAAAAAACCCCAAACCAAACCAAACCAAUGGAGUUAAAAAUUAAUCACCAACGUGUUAAUUUUCUUCCUAGAAACUGGUAAAUAAUUAACAUAACAAUGGUUAGGAAGCAUUUGAUUUUGAAAAUGUGUUUUGGUUUUUUUUUUUUCUUGUUUUAUGGCAAAUAAUGAUGUUUCAAUUUCUGUUAAGCAUGCUGCUUGCACUGCACACAUUUCCUUGCUUUUUUCCUCCCUUUAUUUGGAACUGAGAGAAAUUUCACAGCAGCCAAAUUGUGGAGUUUACUGAACCUCCCUCAAGCUCAGCUCUGGUUUGUCAGCUGUGCCCUGGAGCUGCUGGGGCUGCAGUUCUGGGGCUGGGCUGCACCUGAUGGUCUCAAAGGUCUUUGCCAGCCUGGAAAAUCCUGGAUUGGUGCACAGGGAGAAGGGGCAGGAACUUCACCUUGCAGUGUGAAAACCAAAAAUCCCUCAAUAAAUGGGAACUGGGGGAUGCUCACCCUGCAGCAGCACCACUGGGAAACUGGGGAUGAUCAGGAACUCUGGAAAUCCAAAUUCACUUGGCUUUUCUUUGGUUGCUUUUUUCUGUUAAAUUGAGGAUAAUUGUUCAUUUGUACCAUGAAUAACCCUGUGUCCUCCUCCCAGGUGUGCUGCUCACCUUUCCCUGCUUCCUCCCAGCUCUGCUCUUUAUGUUCCAGGUGAUUUUUUGCUUGAUUUUGAUGCUCUUUGUUUGCAGUUGCAAGUUAAAAAUCCUUCCCCAGAUUCACUGUCUCAGGCCCACGUGUGGAAUCCAGCACUGUGUAUAUUUUCAGGAAUGUUGCUUUGGAUUUUUUAUCUUUCCUUUUUUUUUUUUUUUUGGUGAUACUUAGACCUGACAUUCCAUAACCCACUAUGUAAUGCUCAGCUAGACUUUAAGAAUAUUUAAUUCUAAUUUCCCUUUUGUUUAUGCUGGUGUUUUAUACAAUAUUUGUUCAUGUUUCAAACUGCAGCCACUAGAACUGAAUAAGUCAUUGCACUACUAAAGCUUUGAGAACCCUGGAACUCUGCUCACUUUGCUUUCCCUUUCCAAGGCUUCAGUAGAGCUGGAAUCCAGCCCAGCAGGAAAGCCCAGGCCCUCCCAAAGGUUCAAAAUGCUGUAAAAUCCUCACACACACAAACCCUGAGUCUGAUCCAUUUUCUCCACCCAGUAUUUUGCACUGUCAGUAAUUCCCUCCUCUGACUCCCCUUCCCUGUCUGCAAUUCUGGAAAAGCUUAUUAAAAUAUUUUUAAACUUGC